UCAAGGUGUUCCAAUCGACAAUAUGAUUAAUAUUUAAUUAAUUUAAUAAUCAUUACAUGAAAAGACGUCAUUGACUGAAAUAGGGAUAUUCUAAUAGAUAUAGGUAUUCCCUCCCAUUUCGUCAUUUAGUCAAGGAAAGGCAUAUCAUAAACUGACUACAACAUAUGUUAAAAUUUGGCGCUAGCGCCAAAAAUUAUAAAUAAUUUGAAAUUUUGAACGAAAUAUUAUAUAUAUAUAUGUAAUUAUAAAUAAAUUAUUGUUUAAAGUAAUUACUAUGAACAUUGUUAUAAAGUACAUGAAACAAAAUUUGUGGUAACAAUCGCCAGAUAAGUGUAAUAAAUUCAUAUGCUAAUUAACUGUGAAUAAGCAUGCGUUCCCAUGUGCUUAAUUUUAUUAAGCCCGCCUUUAUGGAGUUCCGUUCAAUAAACUUUUUAAACGGAAUGUACAUGACAAUGGUUGACUGCAAAAAGUUGCGAACUCCAGUCGAAGUUACUGAAAGAAAGUUUCAGGAUGCAUGUUCCAAAUUGCAAUCUUUGCGGUCUGCCAUGGCAGUUCGAGAAAAAGCUACAAAACAUGCCUAUCAUGAGGUAACAGAGACCAAAAAGCAAUUCCUCUGCUUAGGAAUGACAAUGGAAAAGUUAGAUCAGCUGUCUGUGGUCCAUGUUGCUGGCACAAAAGGAAAGGGUUCAACAUGUGCUUACACAGAGAGUAUCUUGCGGAACUGUGGAUACAAGACUGGAAUGUUCUGUUCACCACACUUGGUUGAUUUAAGAGAAAGGAUACAAAUUAAUGGCCGCCGUCUUUCAGAGUCAACUUUUUCCAGAUAUUUCUUUGAAGUCUAUGACCGCCUGCAUGAGUCAAUGAAAAACGGAGCAAUCAGUGAUAUGCCUCAUUAUUUUCAAUUUUUGACUUUAAUGGCAUUAUAUGUAUUCCUGAAAGAACCAGUUGAUGUUGCUAUAAUAGAAGUUGGUAUUGGUGGCCAGUAUGACUCUACAAAUUUCAUAAACACAGCUGUGGUUUGUGGCAUCUCUCUACUGGAUUAUGAUCAUGAACACAUUUUGGGAUCAACUCUUGAUGAGAUUGCUUGGCAGAAAGCAGGAAUUUUCAAGCAUCAAGUUCCAGCUAUUACUCAACCUCAACAUCAGAAGGCAAUGAAUGUUCUCAUUGAAAGAGCACAAGCGCAAAACAAUCCACUGUACACUGUAUCAGGAAAUGUACCUGGUUUAAACAAUGACACAACCAAUUAUGAACCAUUUCAACUUUUGAAUAUAUCAUUAGCAAUCCAGUUGGCUCGAAUAUGGCUAAGUGACCACGAUCAAGAGAACUGUCGGAAACAGUGGUUUAAUGAUUGCAAUAUCCAAUCAGGGUCAACAAACCUACCAGUUCUUGAUUUUGAUUUUCCAGAUUUCUCCAAAUUCAUUAGAGGAAUUAAGACCUGUCACAUACCUGGUCGAUUACAAAUUAUAAAACAUGAAUCAGUGAGUUUCUACUUGGAUGGUGCUCACACUGAGGAGAGCAUGAAAGCCUGUACUGACUGGUUUCUGAAACAAUGUAAUCUAGAGAUGAAAUCCAAAUCAAGUACAAAGAUGAUCCGUGUUUUGAUGUUCACUGUGACUGGAGGAAGGAAAGUGAAAAAUCUCCUCUCUAUUUUAAAGGAAUGUUCAUUUGAUGUUGUAAUUUUCCUGCCGAAUCUUCAACAUAAUCCUAAAGUUAUUGAAGAUCUCAAAGAAUUAGCCACCCUGGAGAAUAUGGAACAUUGCAGAGAUAUGCAGACUGUGUGGUAUAACCUUCAUCAGGAAAUUUCUGAAUGUCAGUAUAAGUCAAUUCGAAGAAAUACAAUGCAGGCUGUUAGUAUUCUAUGUCCUUCUGUCAAUGAUGCCUUAUAUUGGUGUUCUUCAGAUGUUAAAAACCUUGUGAAGCCCUCAUACAAGUUGAUUGGUGUUCCUGCAUUACUCAGAGGAGCUGCUCAUAAUCAGCUUCUUGCAACUGGUAGUCUUCUCUUGGUGGGAAAGCUGUUAUCAUUUUUAAAUACAGAUGAGCUUUAAAAGUUAUGAUUUUUCAAAAAUGUAUCUUCUGUAAAUAUAAAAAUAAAAAUAAGAAUAAUAACAGAGAAUUUGCACAUAAUAUAAGUAACCCUUAUAAGGGAAAUAACGAAAUAGAUACUUUAUGGCUAAUAAUCCCUUUCACUAUGCAAAUCAAAAAUAACAUAGUAAAAACAGUUUUUAGUUUAAUUAAUAAACAUUUGCAAAACGAAAAAACAAAUAUUGGGAGAUAAUUAAUAACAAAGCAAUAAGAAUAGGAUAUAGUCUAACACACAAUCUAGCUACCAUCAUCUCAAUUAACAAUAGAAAACUAGACAACUAGACAAGUAGAAAAAAUAAUAGAAUUAAUACAAACAUAGAUAAUAAUAAUAAUAAUAAUAAUAGAAAUGGCGUGGUUGGUGUUGAUAAUAAUAAUAAUAAUAAUAAUAAUGCUAAUAACAGUAACAAUGUAAAUAAUAAUAAUAAUACUAAUAACAGUAACAAUGUAAAUAAUAAUAAUAAUAAUAAUAAUAACAGUAACAAUGUAAAUAAUAAUAGUAAUAACACUAACAUUAAUAAUCAUAAUAGUAUAAGCAAUAAUAACAUUAUUAGGAUCAACAAUAACCAAAGAAAUGAUAAUAUAAUAACUUUUAUUCCCAGUAACAUAAACCUUGUACAGCAAUGCAGAACAUGUAACUGUAGAAUAAGUAAUAAUUGUGUAUUUAAUAAUAGCUGCAUUAGAAAGGAGGUAGUAUAUCAAUGUAUAGUAAGUACACAAUAUGAUAGUAAGGUAUAUGUGGGUGCAACAAAAAACAAUAUGAAAGAGACUUAAUUAUCACAUUUAUACAUUUAGAAACAGAAAUAGGAGAAAUUCUACAGGGUUAAGUAGCUACAUAUGAGAACUUAAGGAUGGGGAAAUUAAUUAUAAUUUACACUGGAAAAUAUUAAUAUCAGCACCUGCAUACAAUAAUAAAAAUAGAAAAUGUUUAUUAUGUAUUAAUGAAUUUUUUUUUGUAAUUGGGGCUAAAAUUCCACAUAUUAACAACUUUAAGGAACGUAUCCUGUCUUCAUAAAAUUGGGUAUAUCUUUUUCAAAUACAACUAGAACCUAGUAUUAAAAUACCCCUACUGACAUAAUAAUAGUAAUAAUUAUGUAGAGUUAACCAUUGUUAUUAUAUUAUAUUGUAUUAUGUAAUAUGAUAAUUAUGCAGAUAUAUAUAUAAAUGAAGGUAUAUAUUAAGUCAGAUAUAAUUAUAUACAUGAAUAUGUGAUUAUUUAUUACUAUAGAUACUACUUUGGUAUUUAUAUAUGGAUAUGUGUGUAUAUUUGUGUAUUUAUGCAAACACUUGUAUGUAUAUGUAUAUACAUAUAUAUAUUUGUGCAAGCAAUUAUAUAUGUAUAUAUUUAUGUAUGCACACACAUGUAUGUAGGUUAAGAUAAACAUGUAUAUGUUUUUGUUUUCUGCUGAGGCUUAUGUGUGUGGGGAUAUAUAUAUGUGUAUGUGGGUAUGUAUGUAUGUAUGUGUGUGUAUGUAUGUAUAUGUGUAUAUAUGGUUGUGUAUACAUAUAUGU